AUGAUUCCUCUCGCCAGACACUCCGUUCUGCGGGCUGCCCGCUCGCAGAUUUUCCCCACCCCGACCCUGAGACAGCCCGCUUCGUCGGCCCUCGCCCGUCUCCUCUCCACCCUCGCCGUUCUCGAGCAGCGCGAUGGCAAGCUGCAGAACUCCUCCCUCUCCGCAAUUGCGGCUGCACAGAAGCUCGGUGGCCCCGUGACGGCCUUCGUGGCUGGCUCUGGUGUUAAGAGUACCUCUGCUGCCGAGGCGGCGAAGAUUAAGGGUCUUGACAAGGUUGUUGCGGUCGAGAACGAUGCCUAUGAGAAGGGCCUUCCCGAGAACUAUGCCCCUCUUCUCGUUGAGAACAUCAAGAAGGGUGAAUACACCCACAUCAUCGGUGGCCACUCGGCCUUCGGCAAGAGCCUCCUGCCCCGCGUGGCCGCUCUUCUGGACGUCCAGCAGAUUUCCGACAUCACCGGCAUCGAGAGCGAGGACACCUUCAUCCGCCCCAUCUACGCCGGUAACGCCAUCCUGACCGUGCAAUCGACCGACAACAUCAAGGUGAUCACCGUGCGUGGCACUGCCUUCCAGGGCGUCGAGACCGAGGGCGGCUCUGCGGCGAUCGAAGACGGCGUGGACUCUAACGCCGCCGCUACGACCGAGUGGGUGUCCGAGGAGCUGGCCAAGUCCGAGCGCCCCGACCUGGCCACCGCAACCCGCGUUGUGUCCGGUGGCCGUGGCCUGAAGUCUAAGGAGGAGUUCGACCGUAUCAUGCUUCCGCUAGCUGACUCGCUCGGCGCUGCUAUUGGUGCUUCUCGUGCCGCAGUCGACAGUGGCUUUGCCGAUAACAGUCUGCAGGUUGGCCAGACCGGUAAGAACGUUGCGCCGCAGCUCUACCUGUGCGCUGGUAUCUCUGGUGCUAUUCAGCAUCUGGCUGGCAUGAAGGACAGCAAGGUUAUUGCUGCUAUCAACAAGGACCCAGAGGCUCCUAUCUUCCAGGUUGCUGACGUUGGUUUGGUUGGUGAUCUCUUUGAGAAGGUACCUGAGUUGACUGAGAAGGUGAAGAACGCUUAA